AUGCGGAUGAGCUGCAAUGGAUGUCGUGUUCUCAGAAAAGGUUGCAGUGAAAAUUGCAGCAUCAGACCCUGUUUACAGUGGAUCAAAAGCCCAGAAUCUCAAGCCAAUGCUACUGUCUUUCUCGCUAAGUUCUAUGGCCGUGCUGGGCUCAUGAAUCUCGUUAACGCAGGCCCCGAACAUCUUCGUCCAGCGAUCUUUCGUUCCUUGUUGUACGAGGCAUGCGGCCGGAUAGUGAACCCGAUUUACGGUUCAGUUGGUUUGUUGUGGUCGGGGAGCUGGCAGCUGUGUCAAGCCGCCGUGGAAAACGUCUUGAAAGGUGCGCCGAUUACCCCCAUCACGUCGGAAGCCGCGGCUAGCGGGCGAGGCCCACCCCUCAAGGCCUACGACAUACGUCAUGUGUCAAAAGAUGAGAACUCCGCCGCGUCGAACGAAACUCAGCAGCAACGAGUCAAGACUCGGUCUCGGGUCAAGCGACCUCUCGCUGACGCCAAGCCCAAAUCCACCUCCAACGAAAACAAUAACAAGGGAAACGAUUUGGGUUCCGUUGAACCGGGUUUGCUGACAUGCGAAUGGACCGAAGAGGUGAUGAACCGGUCUGGAAGUCACGAAUCGUCGCUGAGCCACCAGUCGGAGGCGGCGAAUGCCGUGGAGUCCGAGAGCAUGGUGUCGGUGGAGACGGCGGAGGCUUCGAUCCUCUUCCGAGAUGAACCGGAGUCGAAUCCGAAGCGCGUGGAACGAAGCGAUGAUGUUGGUUUGGAGCUUACGCUUGGGUUCGAACCGGCUUCACGUGCGACGCACGUGGUUCCGGUGAAGAAGAGAAGGAUCGAGUUGAAGAAUUUUAGCGGUUCGGCUGAGAGUGAGUCGUGCAAGAUGGAGCUGGGGCUUGAAUUCUCCGCUUGA